AUUUUAGAGAGAAUUUUUGGGUUUUUGUAUAUUUAGGAACGAAGAAGAAGAUCAAAUCCUUCAAACCAGUGAAUGAUCAUUUUAUCAGUGAAUCUGAUCGGCUUUUGAGAAUCCCCAAUACGUGUACUGUUCAUCGUUAUGGGGCUAUGGCUGUUCAAAAUCUCUGUCUUCAAGCAAAAGUUACAUUUGGUCCAUGGAUUCUAUUGUAACUUUGACAGAGAAAGACUAUUAAGAAAGAGAUGGUGAGCAGACUAACUCCAUCACGAUUCCUACAAUUAUACGUAUGACCAAUCUACUGUUUUUCAAUCACACGCAGGAACGCAUUAUUAUUAUUAUUAUUAUUAGUCGGAAUUCCGCUCUAGUUCGUGAAGAGGUUAUCCGAGAAGAAGCUUGGAGAAGAAUAAUCGGCGAUGAAUGGUGGGGUAUAAAUGAAGAACCCAUUACAAUCUAUUACAUGGGUAUGCAUUUUAUAGACUCGUUAGUGCAAAAAAGUAUAAUAGGCGAUGGAUGGUGGGAUCUUUGUGUUGAAUCAGGUGGAAACAUAGCUAUUGAAUUUGAAUCAGUUGCUAGAAAGGGAGUCAAAAUGGUCUAUGUAAAUGUAAUGCCAAGUGGCUCAUUGCAAUUAAGGAGUAUAAUCUGCUUUACAUUCAGUUCUUGCAUCGGCUCACACCCUUCUAAACCCCAAAUUUCUACCUUUUCAACAACCAUCCUCUUAACCCAUUUCAUAUAUAUAUAUCAACGCUGUUCUUCAUUAGCCCUAAAGCUUAUCUGCCUCCAGCGGCUGCUAUCAGAUUUUAUGGAGGAGACUGGACAACAAAAUCUCGUAGUGCUGCCUAAAAUAGGAGAGGAUGAGAGUUACUAUGAAUGUGUUGACAAUGGAGGAGAUCUUGUAUGUUGUGAUAUUUGCUCAAACGUUUAUCAUCUAUGGUGCCAUAACCCACCUCUAGAGCAUGUUCCUUCGGGAGAGUGGCGAUGCUCAAACUGCAAGGAGAGUAAUCCUUCAGUAUAUGCUGAUGAUAAAAUAGAGCAGGAUGUUAAAAUCUCGAAAAUGGGAAAGGCGCCUAUUGCACCUCUUAAUAGGGAUGGUGUUGAUGAAGCCUGUGUGACUAGAAAAGAGGAGACAUGCAGUGAAUUGGACCAUCUUAAAGUUUAUAGAAGAACCAGGUUCAAGCUGCAAGCCAGGAAAGAGGAGGAUGUUAAAAAGAAUAAGAGUGAAGCAAAUGAGCGGAGAAAUCUUCUCGCUGAAGAAGUAACUGGGACUUUUCCGAACCUUUCAAACAUGAAUACUAUCACAUCGAAACUUGACUGUGAAGAUAAGCCAACAGGAAAGGAUAAGGGCGAGAUCACGCCUCUUGAUUUGCUUGCUGAUGUCUGCACAAACCCUCUGUACAAAAAUAUACGUGAAAUGCCUGCCAUUAAAAAAGCAUUUGAUUCAAAUAAAAAAUCAGCUAUUAUGGACAAGAAAAGUGCACUGAGAAACACUUCCCGGUUCCCCGUGCAAUAUUUGGAAACAAAGACAAAGGAACAUGAUAAAGAAGACAACUGGCCGUUCGAAGAUGAACUGAAUUCACUUUGGAUUGGAGUCCGUAAGCAUGGACAAAGCUCCUGGGAAACUAUCCUCAAUGACCCAACAUUGAAAUUUUCCUAUUUCAGGACUCCAACUUCCUUAGCAAAGAGGUGGUGGAGAGUUGAAAGACAGAAAGUUCAACCUGAAAUUAUUCAGGUCCCUCGUAUUUAUAGGAAAAGAUCAUCUAGUUCGGAUAGCUCGUCCCUACUGUCUAAGAAACUAUCUCAAGAUCCCGAUACUGGCAAGGAUGAAUCUGAAUAUGAAAGUAAUUAGUUCUAUAAGGAAAGAAUGCCAAGAUUUUACUUUAUUGGUUAAAUUAUCAGAUUGUUGCAUCAUCUUUAUACCUUAUAACUUAUUUUCCUGUCAACUUGGAUGAAGAUUUUUUUAUGGUUUUGAUUAGAUUUGAUCUUAGACUAUGUUUGGAACUGUAAAAUCGGAUUUGAAUUCAAACUCCAAUUCUAUGAAUUUUAAUAUAUUUAAAAGUUAAAG